AUGGAGGCAACUGCUAAAGUAUCAUCAAUACUUAUAUACCCAGUGAAGUCAUGCCGUGGAAUUUCUGUUUUUCAGGCACCUCUUACUCCUACUGGGUUUCGGUGGGAUCGGAACUGGCUGGUUGUGAACUACAAAGGAAGGGCAUAUACCCAAAGAGUUGAACCAAAGCUUGCUUUAGUUGAGAUAGAGCUGCCGAAUGAGGCAUUUUCGGAGGGCUGGGAACCUACUAAGAGCUCAUUUAUGACAAUAAAGGCUCCUCAGAUGAGUGUUCUUAAGAUAUCUCUGAUGAAGCCAAGUGAAGUAGCGGAGGGUGUCUCGGUAUGGGAGUGGUCUGGCUCUGCAUUGGAUGAGGGAGCGGAAGCAGCAAAAUGGUUCUCAGAUUACUUGGGGAAACCCAGUCGCCUUGUGCGUUUUAAUGCAGCAUCAGAAACAAGGCUCGUAGAUCCUAAUUAUGCUCCCGGACACAAAACUAUGUUUGCUGACCUCUUUCCAUUCAUGCUUAUCUCUCAGGGAUCUUUGGAUACACUGAAUCAGUUUCUCAAGGAGCCAGUUCCUAUUAACCGUUUUAGACCAAACAUCCUUGUUGAAGGCUGUGAACCAUUUUCUGAGGACUUGUGGACAGAAAUUAGGAUAAACAAGUUCACAUUUGAAGGGGUCAGGCUAUGUUCCCGCUGUAAGGUACCUACAAUUAAUCAAGAUACUGGGAUUGCAGGGACUGAGCCAAAUGAAACUCUAAGGAAAAUCCGAUCAGAUAAAGUGUUGCGUCUGGAUAAGAAGCAGCAGGGAAAGAUCUAUUUUGGACAGAACUUAGUUUGGAAGGACAGCCUUACUGAAGGGCAUGGGAAGAUUGUUAAUGUGGGAGAUCCUGUUUUUGUUCUCAAGAAGGUUUCCUCCGCAGCUGAAGCGGCAGCCUGA